GAGGAGGAGGAGGAGGAGGAGGAGGAGGAGGAUCGAGGAAGACUCCGGCGGUGAAGGGUCCUCGGUAGUAUGGCGGACUGCAGCUCACAUGUAGGGCGCGGGACAUGAGCGCGUGGGUAGCUGAUAAAGGCGCGUGCUGAGUGCUGGCGUGUCGUAGUGCCGGGAGGGCUGCUGGUGGUGGUGGUUGGUGGUCGUGUUGGGGCGGAUGGGGCAGAGGCAGCUCGGGCUGGGUGGGUGAAGAGGAUCCAUCCUGACGUUCAGCUCCACCACCAACAACCCGCACAGCUACACCAGCAUCGCCGCUGCUCCGACCUCCGCACAGCAGCGAUGAGCGGGUUUAAGGAGCCGUGCGUGCAGGAGGAGGAGGCUGAGGAGGGCAGGGCGGGCUGGGGGAACCAUGUGGGGCUUCAGGAGGGACUGCUGCUGGGCCUCAUGGGGGAAUCAUACCAGGACUACCAGAGCUCCAAUCCAGACUACCAGGGCUCCAGCACGGGCUAUCAGGACAGUGACCCAGGACCCACCGAUUAUCUGGACGUGUUGGGCUAUGGACCCAGGCGCAGCCGGGCCGGUAGCUCCCGGCACCGGGGGGAGGUGGUGACGGAGCUGGGGCCAGAGGAGGUGCGCUGGUUCUACAAGGAGGACAAACGCACCUGGAAGCCAUUUGUGGGUCACGACUCUCUGCAGAUCGAGCUCACCUACCGCAAGCUGUGUGAGCUCAACCCAGGAAAAGCCAGCGAGCAGGACGAAUGGGAGGAGCUGGGGGGCUCAGGGGGAGACUCUGAGGGAGUGGAGGGACAGAAGGGGCAGACGGAGGCUUCGGUCAGCAAAGAAGUGGCAGGUCCAGCUGAGGAGAUAGACGUGGACUCAAUAGACAUUGGUGUGGAGGCAGUGUGUGUCAGAGGGGGGCUGUAUGAGGUGGACGUCAAGGAGAAGGAGAGUUACCCGGUCUACUGGAACCAGCAGGAGCGAAUCCCUGUGAUGCGUGGUCAGUGGUUCACUGACGGAACGUGGCUGCCACUCGAGGAAGAGGACAGUGACCUGAUAGAACUGGAACACCUAUCUCGUUUUCGUGGACACCAGAUGAAGGAUACAUUUGAAACGGAGGCAGUAACCACAGCAGUGGACAGCAAGGAUGCCAUCCACAGUCUAAAGCUGAGCCGCAGUCAUGUGGACUGGCACAGUGUUGACGAGGUGUACCUGUACAGUGAUGCCACCACCUCCAAAAUUGCACGUACUGUCACUCAAAAACUCGGCUUCUCAAAAGCUUCCAGCAGUGGGACUCGCCUACAUCGAGGCUAUGUUGAGGAGGCAGCACCUGAGGACACGCCUCCUGCAGCUACACACAUUGUGUUUGUGGUGCACGGGAUAGGUCAGAAGAUGGAUCAGGGCCGGAUCAUCAGAAACACCAGCAUGAUGCGUGACGCUGCGAGGAAGAUGGAGGAGAAGCACUUCUCAGACAGAACUACAGAGCAUGUGGAGUUUCUCCCUGUGGAGUGGAGAUCUAAACUCUCUCUGGAUGGAGACACUGUGGACUCCAUCACGCCAGAUAAAGUGCGUGGGCUGAGAGACAUGCUGAACAGCAGCGCCAUGGACAUCAUGUAUUACACCAGCCCACUCUACAGGGACGAGAUCACGCGUGGGCUGACCAAAGAGCUGAACCGGCUCUAUACACUCUUCUGCUCUCGGAACCCUGAGUUUGAGGAGAAGGGGAAAGUGUCCAUCGUUUCUCACUCUUUGGGCUGCGUCAUCACCUUUGACAUCAUGACCGGAUGGGACCCUGUUCGCUUUCAUCAUCAGGAAGCUCCUGAUGCCAUGGAAACGGAGCAGCGACGCCGGGGGUGUGAAGAGCAGCGGCUGUUGGAAGAGCUUCACCUCACCCGCAUGAGAUUAAGGGAUUUGGAGGAUCAAUUUCAAGGCCUGAAGACGUCUUCCUCAAGAACUUCCCCACCCUUAAAAUUUAAGGUGGAGAACUUUUUCUGCAUGGGUUCACCGCUGGCUGUGUUCUUGGCUUUAAGGGGAAUCCGGCCCGGUAACAAUGGAACCCAGGACCACAUUCUGCCCCGUUCCAUCUGCCAGCGGCUCUUAAACAUCUUCCAUCCCACUGAUCCUGUGGCAUACAGACUGGAGCCUCUGAUCCUAAAGCACUAUAGUAACAUUUCUCCAGUUCAGAUACACUGGUACAAUACCAGUAGUCCCACUCCAUAUGAUCAGAUCCGGCCCACGCUGCUGAACCCGCUGAAGGAGAGCGUCUCAGUGUCGGACAGUGAGAGUCUCCCAAGCCCUUGCACGUCGCCCCCGCAGAACCGCAGGCACUACGGAGAGUCCAUCACCAACCUGGGCAAAGCCAGCAUUAUGGGAGCGGCGAGUAUUGGUAAGGGCAUUGGAGGAAUCUUUUUCUCCCGCUUUUCCCGUUCAAGCGGGCAGGUGGGUGGAACCGAGGAGGAACCAUCAGACUCAGAGGGAGGAAUAUGUGAGACAGAGGGUGCGGCUAUUGCGGAGGAGGGCGGGGUUGCAGAAGCCGAAGAAAAGAUGGAGGACAAGGUGGAGGACAAGAGAGAAGGAAGCGCUGGCUGCAUGUCUCAGUCAACUUCCACCAUUAUGGACAACUCCACCUUUGAGCUGGACAGACGUAUUGACUUUGAGCUGAGGGAGGGACUGGUGGAGAGCCGCUACUGGUCAGCGGUGACCUCACACACGGCCUACUGGUGUUCUCACGACAUCGCUCUGUUCCUGCUCACGUUCAUGUAUGGGCCCAACACUCCCAACGAGACCACAGAGGACAACCUGGAUUCGUAACAAACACUACACACACACACCCACAUGCACACGCGCACACACUCACAUACAUGUGCAUGCACACUGCUUGUCAGAGGUGUUGUGAAAUCACAACAAAGCAGUUAAAAAUGGCCUUUUGCUUUAUCUAAGAAGUCACAAAUUACCAUUUUAAAUAAAUCAUCU